AGUAGUCCAUGUCGAGAUUCAGAGGAAAUCCCCGGUUUGGGGGUCCUGGUCCGGGAGGGCCCCCUCGCCACCUCAUGAGAGGAGGCGGUCCACCUAGAGGAGGACGAGGAGGAUUCCAGCAACACCGGGACCGACAGCCCAUGAACUUGAUGGGUGGACCCGGGCCUAGAGGACCUCCUAGAGAUAACGGACCGGGGCCUAGAGGCCCUCCUAGAGAUCGAGGCCACGAUGGCCCCAGAGGCCCCUCUAGAGAUAGAGGAGGUUUCCAGAACAACAAUUUCCGCGGGCGAGUAAAUUUCCGCGGUGGGAACAACCGUGGCCCUAUGAACUCAUCACCAAGCAGCUCCAACAUCAGAACUGAAAGUAAAGAUAAAAGCGAAGUUCAAGAAUUUCCAGUCCCAGCUGUAAAACCAGCUGUUAAAGAUGAACCCAAAGCCGUAGAAGAGCAGCCUAAAAAAGCGGUUGAGCCAAAGAAAGACGAGCUAAUGGAUACAGCUGAAUCCAGCAAGCCUGCUCCAGCUCCCGAAGCCCCUGCAGAAGUAGUACCUGCUCCAGAACCGGAGGUUACAAAACCUGAUCCAGUGGCCGAAGAGAGCGUUCCACAUCUCACGGAGGUGUACAUUAGUGAGUACCUGUGUGACCUCUACCUUGACGUUGAUAAAGACGGUGUGACGGGUAUCCCGAAGAGUACAGCUGGGUUUGACUGCUUGUGGGCCUCGCUUCGCGCUACUCACGGUGUUUCUGGGGGCAAGAUAGCGUUUGAAGUGUUGGCACUAGAGAACACCACUAGUAGUACGGAACAGAAUGCUUGUGUACUCAGAGUCGGCUGGUCGCAUGAUGAGAUCGAUAUAUCCCUCGGUGAGAAUGGAAGUUCAUGGGGUUACGGAGGAACAGCCAAGAAGUCACAUGACAACAAAUACCUGAACUAUGGAGACAAGUUUGGAGCUGGAGAUUCCAUCACAUGUUACGUCGACCUCGAGUCAGACGAGAAGACAAUUUCCUUUGCAAAAAAUGGUAAACAUCAGGGUGCAGCCUUCACUUUGACCCCAGAUAAUUUGAAGAAACCCCUCUUCCCCUCCGUUUCAUCGAAGAACGUCAAAUUCUUGCUAAAUUUUGGACAGCAGCCAACAAAGCACCCCCUGGCGGAUGGUUACAAAAUGAUUGCAUUCACCGCUGCCGACCACGUGCACCCAUGUGUAGCAGGCCCUGCCACCCUCGCUGACGCUGAGUUUAUCAUGAUGGUGGGUCUCCCUGCUGCUGGUAAGAGCACAUGGUGUGAGAGCCACGCUGCUGCUCAUCCAGAUAAGAGAUACAACAUCCUCGGUACUAAUCUGAUCAUGGAGAAGAUGAAAGUUACUGGUCUCCAUAGAAAGAGGAACUACCAUGGCCGCUGGGAGGAGCUCAUUCAGAAAGCUACCGGUAUUCUGAACACUCUGUUCAAGAUCGUGGAACAAAAACUUGAAAGGUUUCCCCGGAACAUUAUCCUUGAUCAAACCAACGUUUACGAAAGUGCAAGACGUAGAAAGCUCCGGAACUUCUCCAAGUUCGGCCGGAAAGUAGCUGUAAUUAUCGUGAAUGCCGGCGAGGAGUUGACCAAGAGGAACGCUAUAAGAGAAAAGGAGGAGGGUAAGUUUGUUCCAGAAAGUGCUGUUAUGGAAAUGAAAGCAAACUUCCGUAUCCCAGCUCUAACUGAAGGACUCACUGAAGUGCAGUUCAUUGAAAUGGACGAGUCUGCCACAAAGAAACAAAUAGAUGAAUUUCAGGCAGAAGGAAAGAAAUAUAAGGAGCGAGGAAGUCGGUCCGAAAGUGAGAAAGCUAAACCAGGGGAAAAGAGGAUGUCUGAAAAACCUCCCUUUGAGGACAAGCUCAACAAACGUUCAAAACCAGACAAUGAGCCCUCAAGAUCGGACGGCGGUCGACACCCAAGUAGCUCUCGCGACAGAUCCAACGAUGGUGACCGCUCCAGACAAGAUCGGCCUAAUCGUUCUUUUGAAGAUAGGAGAAGAGAUAGCGACAGGAGGGACCGAGACGACAAAGAUCGUAGAGUUGAGAGAGGAGGCAGCUCGAGAGGAGGGUUCUCUGUAACUGUGGAUAGAAGAGAAGAUAACAGGAGGAGGAGUGCGGAGAAAGCUAGAUCUACUUCUGGAGACCGGGGUGGUGACCGGGGUAGCCGGGAUCAAGGAGGGAGAAUGGGCAGGAACAAUGAUAGGGACAGUAGAGGGGACAGUGGCAGGGGCAGAGAUGAUCGCAGAGGAGGUGGUGGGCGGUUUGGCAGUAGAGAUGCUGAUAACAAAGAUGAGGGUGGUUUCAACAGAGACAGAGGUGGCUUCAGAGGUGGAAAUGACAGAGGUGGGAAUGACAGAGGACGAGAUUUUGGACGUGGUGAUACCCGUGGUGGUCGUGAUGAUAGAUCAGGUUUUGGAGGUAACCAAAGUAACAACAGACCAUCCCGCUUUAGUGACCGUAAUCCUCCUGCUCCAACACCAAGUCAGGAUACCAAACCUGGAGGUUGGAACCAACGUGGUCCUGAACACCAACCCAACCAAUAUGGCGCUGGUGCUCCUCAGCCAAAUAACCAGUUCGGUGGUUCUCGUGAUCGUGGGGGGUCUAGCUUUGGAGGAAACCAAAAUGAUUCAUUCAAUAAGCCUCCAGUCAAGACCGAACCUAUGGAUAUAGGUCGCCCAGCUGGUAAUCAAUACCCUCCCAACAACACCAAUAGAAACUAUCCUCCUGUUAAAUCAGAGUCACGUGACCAUGAUAACACUUCCCAGCAUAGCAACAAAUCAUUCGGUUCCACUAUGAUUGAUUACAACACUCCGGAGACAAAACAGUAUGGAGUACCCCAAGAUAACAGCAAUAAUAUCUCUAACAGAGACCAGUAUGGUCAGCAGUCUGCGGGCGGUAAUAGCUCCUUCAACCAACAAAGACCUAGAUUUGGAGAGCAAGGUCCAGGAAGUGGUACUCAGCAAUAUGGUGGCUUCAACAAUAACAAAAGCCAACCGUCAGGCGGGUUCGGGCAAUCCGGUGGACCUGGUAACCAGCAGUCAACCGGCUCUAGCCAGCAGUCAAGAGAUAGCGGUAAAUUUAACCAGGGCGGAAGUAGCUACAAUCAAUCCGGACGCGGUGGUGGUGGUGGUAGUGGUGAUGGUGGUCCUAGCAGCUCUCAACCUGGAUCUUAUGAUCUCAGCCAAAUUGGCAAAUUGUUCAAUCCGCCCGCACAAGCUCCAGCACCACCUCCAGGGCCCGUUGGAGCUCCGGCUGGAUUUGAUAGAGUUGGAAAUAGUGGCGCUGCCAACAAGCCCCCAGGUAGGUCUGCUGACUUAGGAGCUCCAAAUCAGUACAACCAGCAACAGACUUCUAACUACGGAUCUGGUCAGUACAACAGUCAGCCCCCCUUCGUUCAAGAUCAGAAACCAAGCUAUGGUGCUGGCAAUCAGAGACAAAGUUACGGGGAGAGGCAGAGCUACAGCGACCCGCUAGCAAGGGAUUUGGUGAGAGUCACAUCGCCAGCUAUGGAGGAAAUCAGAGACAAGGCUAUGAAGACAUACAGAAACAAAAAUACGGCGAUGUUUCAAAAUCAUCCGGCUAUGGAGAAGCUCCGCGACAGGGUUCCAUCGAUAACCAGAGACAGAGCCAUGGUGAUGACCACAAACAGGGUUAUGGAGGCAAUCCAAGUCAAAGUCACGGUGAAAGUGCUAGACCAAGCUAUGGUGAGCCUCCAAAACCAGCCUAUGGAGACAUUCCGAAACCUAAUUACGGAGGUCCGUCAACCCAAAAUUAUGGAGACACAUCAACCCAAAACUACGGAGAAACAUCGAGGCAAAACUAUGGAAAUUCACAGAGACAAAGCUAUGGAGACAGCCAAAGAUCUGGAUACGGAGACAACCAACCACGAUCUGGAUACAGUGAAACGCCAAGACAACCCCAAGGAGACAACUACGGACAAAGUUACGGAGACAGCUACAGUAGUGGAUCACAAGUUAAAAAGGAGGACCCGCGGUCUGGAUCCUAUGGUGAGCAACCUGCUCAUCAGUCCUACAACUCCGGGAACAAUUCUGCGCCCCAAUAUGGUGGGGUUCCAGCUAACCCUACGGAUCUCAAAGAAAGUGUUUCCCAAAUAUUCCAGAACUAUGGCAGCCAGUUGAAUGCUGUGGGAGCGAGAGCCUCUAGUCAGGAGGCAGAUCAAGGUAUACAGAGGUACACAAGCCAACAGUCGUACGGAACACAACAGUACACCGCAGUUCAGCAGUACACUGCUGCUCCUCCGGAUAAUAGCCAGGGACAGCAGCGAGGAGGUCCGCCGGAUCAAACAGGCUAUCAACAAUACCCAUCUCAGAUACCUUAUCAGAGCUACCCUGGAUACCAAUAGCCUGCCUUCUUUUCCAGGAACUUUUAUCUCUGAAAUAUUUUAUCUACAGACGUCUAAUUUUUUUACAGAUGAAUUAGAAUUUGACUGUUUUGGUUCACGUUGUAGUUUUAAAUGCCCCUCUUAACCUCGAUUAAACUAUCGUCGUUGUUAUAUUCUUUUUGUUUUAUUAGGCGGACUGAGAAAUGAGAAAGCGAAUGAGUGAAGUUGAAACAAGACGAUUAUAUUAUAGACCUCACAAAACUCCACGUAUAUUGAUAUUUCUUAUUCGACACUGUGAAUGUGGGAUUGAUUGGAUUUUAUAAUUCCAAUUUCAAUCGAUCUCACUUAGCUAAUUCUUUUAUCAUCCAAGAUCGAGAGAAACCUUUCUCAGCUCCAAGCUUUGAGAAGACUCUUUCGGUGUUGGUUUGUAAAGAUCAAUGAAUGUAUCGUGUAGUGAAAUUGAAUGAAAAAUUAUUUAUUGAUAUUAUGUUCUAUAUUUGUUAUUCAAGAAAAAGUCUGUCUUCGUUGUACAUUUAGUGUUAACUAGUGAUGCUCGCAAAAUAUUUAUUC